AUGGCAACGCAUUACAGUUCGGGACAGUAUGAGGAUGCCUACGCCCCCCGGAAUCUGCAAAACUGGAACCUUCCCAGAGUGUGUAAACAGCACCCUUCUGCACGGGAAGGCUACACUCAGUUCAUAGCCAAUGACAGAGGCCAUCUGCUCCCGUCUGUCCCCCGCUCACAGACUUCCCCGUGGGGCACCUACAUGGGCACCUGGGAUAUGCCACUGAAGAUACCUCCUGCCAGAGUGAGCCUAACAUCCCGCACGGUCGAUGCCGCUGCCCAGCUCACGCAGUGGAUCAACAAGUCCAAGGCUCUGAACAACGCCUGCAACGGCCUGGUCCCCCAGAUCACCGGCAAGCCUAGUGACCCAAAAGAAACUUCUGCCAAAGCCACACGCCCCUCUGAGAAAGGCUUACAGCGUCCCGAAUCGGAGGCCAAAAUGCCCGCUCAAGGAGAGAUCAAGUACAGCGGCACCACCACUCCCAAAGGGCCCCUCACACGCGCCCCAGGCACCAUCGACGUCCGACUCAAAGAAGACAGUCCUCAGGACGUCGAAGAGGCCAAGGAAAUGAGGCAGAGAUCUAACAGUGAAAUCCCUCUCACCCGUCAGCCAGGCUCCAUCGACAUCAGUCUCAAGGACGCCAUCACACCCCCCAAGGCCCUGAGCAGGCACAGCGCCCGAGAGCCUGCCCCCAGGAGGGCCACCUCUGCUGAGGCCCAGCCUUCAGGCCGCCCCAGGUCACUGGAAAGGAAACCCAAAGGGGGCAGUACCCCAGAGCUCUUGGCCGCACACCCCCCGGGGUCUAUGGAAGCCAACCCCAGGAGCGGCGUCUUGCCCGAGACCGUGGGGUCCAGUCGGCCUGCUACGAAGGGGAGCCUGGCCUCGGAAGUUUGGAAGACGUCGGCAGGAUUGGACGAGGACCGGAGCGAAUCGGCCCAAAGGGAAGGUUCCCUAAGGCCUCCCUCGUGCCCCGAAGAACCGUCCUGCUAA